UCCAUCAAAUUUAUUAUGAUAUGAAUUAUUUAAAAAAUGUUGGUGAAUUUAUUGAACAAGUAAUUGACUCGUUAUUGUGACGCAGUGAUGUAAGAAAUCAUUGAACCAAACAUGAGUGUGUCAACUUUUAACAUCAAUUUGUAACACUUGAAUUUUAUUAAAAAUGGAUAUUAAAAGACGAUCCAUCGAUGGAAGCUUGUUGGAGCAAGCUUUGCCCAUCCCGAUACAGCUUUACCUUUGGCGUCAAAUGAGACCAUUUACAAGAGCAAAACUUGGUAAAGUCCACGAGGCAUCAUGUUUGUUUUGUCAAAAUGCACCUGGUCAUCAUGAAAUGAAAGAGGCCAGUACAUCAUUUGAAAAAGUACUUGUUCAAAGUCUUCAUAAUGAAUUGACACCAUCGUUGACUGAAAUAUUGAGUUCAGUACCACGUUGGCGUUUGAUUCAAUCUGCACUACCGUAUGUUCUUCAUUCAGCUGGAAAUCUUUUGCACAACAGAAAAGAUUUACAGCACAUUGGAACGAUGGAAACAACUCUUCUUUACAUUUUGCAUUGGUUUUUACUUGAUGCUGCUGAAGAAUGUGCUGAAAGUGAUAUGGAAACUGGAACUCCUAAUAAUCCAUUUUAUUAUCUUUAUUCAAUACCAACAAUUACGUUAUUUGUUUAUCUAUUUGCUCCUCUUUGUAAUCACUUGAAAGAUAUUGAUUUUAAGACAAAUUUACGAUUGGAAAAUGGAGUUAAAAUUUGGACACCUAUGAGUGAAUUUAAACAUCCAGAAACAGCUUGUUUUACAGCUCAUUGUAAACCCAAACCAAGAUCACUUUGGUUGAAAACAUCAAAAAUGAAUAAACAACAACAGCGAGUUUCUACUGAUAUUUUUGUUGGCCCAAAAAAAGAAAAAAAUGAAGUUUUUAAUGAUGAUGGUAGCCCACCUAAUGUAGGAGUAAAUAUGUGUUUUCCUGAUCAUAAUACUCCAAGUUCUACUAAGCAAGAUGACGAAAAUAAUUGGGUUUCAUCGCCUAAAGAUACAGUAUUUCCUGAAACAAUACCAGAAGAAAGUUCAAGCACUGAAGAUGAACACGUGGUCAUUUUUCGGCUACCAUCACUAACUGAAUCCGAACAAGAAAUGGAUGGUGUUAAAGAAAUUUUUACAAUAUAUGCAGAAGGAGCAAGUAUAUUUCAUAUCGCAAUGGGAAGAUCAACUGGUUCCAAGCAAACACUGACAAUAGAACAAGUUAGUCCUUCAUCAGAAUCUGAACCAAAUGACGAUAAUAAAUCAUCAACAAAGUUUGUAUUUCCUGAUAAAACAAACGAUGAAAAAGAUAAAAAAGCUGAAAAAGAUGAAUCAAAAUUAAAACGAGAUACAUCAGAUUCUCGUGGUGCAUUAUCAGCUGAUGCAAGUGGUAUUCAACCAUCAAAUCGUGAAGCUGUUGUAGAUGUUCAUGCUGCAACAUUUAUGGAUGUUGGAGUACUCAGAUGUCUUUUUGUUUCACAAUGGCAAGAAGAAGGAGUUUAUUGGGCUUUACAAUAUUUAUAUAAUCGUUUAAGAAAAAUUGAUGAUGAAACAACAGUACAACAAAUGCCAAGACGACGAAGUAAUUCAUUGCCAAUUCCAAAAAUUGAAGUAUCAAUAUAUCAAAGUCCUGAAAGCAAAAAAAGAGAUGAUUCAAAAGAAUGUAUUGAUCCACCUGAACCACCUGUUACAAUAUCAGAUUCAGCUGCAGAUAUUUCUUAUAAUGUAUCAAAAAAUCAACAAGAAAUUGAAGAACAUCAUAAUCAUUUUAGACGUGCUAGUGAAAAAGCUAAAAAAAAAAUGAAAAUUGCUGAUCUUAGAGCUUUUGUUGAGACAAAGCUAUUAUCAAAAUCAGAAAAAGCACUUGAAAAAAUUGGACAAGAAGAAAACAAAGAUUUAAUGGAACAACAUGAAGAUUAUCACAGAAGUCUUGAUACUGGAGAUGAUCAUUUAGUUCGACAAGCAUCAACGUCAUCUCGUAUUUCUGAUGAAUCCAAUGUCGAUCAAAUGCAGUAUCCAUCGAAUCUUACAAAAGGAAAAAGCAUGCCAAGUCUUAGCUGUUUGAUAAAUGAGCUGAACGCGAGUGGGUACAUUGGUGAUAAUGAUGAGGAAAAAAAGCAGGCUGCAGUACGACUGCACAGCCAAUCAUCAACAGUACCAAAUCCUAUUAUAACUGUUACCGAACAUACACCAACACCAUCACCAGAUUAUUUAAAACGACAGGGUUCAAUAGACAGUCAACUAGAUGCAAUAAGUAUGCAUGGUAAGCUAAAUUCUGAUAGAAAACCAAGCUUGACAAGAUCACAGACUGAUUCAAACAUCACUUAUACUGGUGAGGAAAUACCAGAAGCACCAGGUUCAGCUUCUUACAUAACAAAACAAGGUGACAUUGAUUAUUAUGUAAUCUUAAAGGCUGUACAUUCAGUUGCUUUGAGAGAUGCUACUUUUUGUACUCUUCGUGUUAGUGAAAUUAUAUUAAAUUUAAUGGAAUUAUUAAUGGAAAUAGGAGUACUUAAACAAUGUUUACGUGAUGAUAAUGGUAGUAAUGCUGAAUCAGGAACUGAUGUUAAUGAAAAAAUUGAAAAAGGUAGCAGAAAACAUGAAUCACCAGUUAAUGAACAAGAUCCACAUUAUGAUCCAGAUGGACGUAAUUGGAAUGCACAUGCAUUGAUGAUGAAUUGUGUACUUCGUGUUAUAAAACAUUUAGGCUGUCCAAAUGGCUGUGCUGAAAGUAUACGUGGUCCACAAGCUGAAUUUUGUAGAUCUCAAGCUCAUACAAUAAUUAAUAAACUUCAUCGUGCUAGUUCAAAAUUAUUUACUCGUUGGCUACGUAAUAUGGUACGAGAUCAACCACUAUCAGAUAUCAUUGAUGUUUUUCAUGCGUAUCUUGGUUUUUGCGUUGAUCCAAGUUCGUUAUUAUCACCUCUUAUUGCAAAAAAAAGUGCUAAUAAAUCACCAGAUACAGCAACACAAGGAGGAUAUGCUACGAAUUUUGGUGCUGGUCUUGGUGCUGGUUUUGGAUCAAUUGGUUUAUCAACAUGUAUUCCAACAGCAUCAAUAUCAGCAACUGCUGCUGCUUUAGCCUCAGCAACAGCAGCAUCAGCAACUGCUUCUUAUGGUGGAGUUGGUUAUACAUCAAGAAAUUCAGAAAAUCAAAUUCUUGGAUGUGUUUUUAAAUUACUUGUUACUCGUUUUGUUAAAGAUAUUAAAAUACUUAAAACUGCUGAAAAUAUAUCAUUAUAUUGUGAUAUAAAACAAUUUGUAACAUAUGUUAAAGAAGCACAUGGUGGUGUAUUUAGAAGAGUUGCAUUAAGUGGUAUUUUAGAUUCUUCAGAUAGACCAAAUAAACGUUGUACAAGUUGUGUUAAAACAACAAGAGUUAUACGACAUAUACAUCAAGAAUUUGAUGAUAUGGGUGAUCUUGCUGAUACAUGUUAUACAGUAGAUGAAAAAGGAAAUAGAAAAUUUCUUUUUAAAAAAAGAAGUACAUCAUCAAAUUGUGCUCAACCUGAUUUUUUUGGAUUACAGAGUCUUCUUGAGGCUGAACUUAGUGAUGAUAAUGCUAAAAUAAGUCAAAGUCCAUUAGGUAAUUUACGAAAAAAACAUCAUAUGCUUACACCAAGACAGAGUGAAAGAAAUUUAAGAAUAAGUGAUCCAUCUUUGGGUGGUUCAAGAUCAAGAAAAGCAACGAGAUUUCAAAUUGGUGGUAUAGUUAAUUGGUUUCGAAGAGAAUAUAGCAGAACAGAUUCAACAGACAGUCAUGAUAGUAGUGAAUCACCAACAGAAGCAAGUUUUAUUCGUCAAUCAAGUUUUUAUCGUGGACAUUAUCGUUUAACUGGUCGUUCUAGUAGAGGAGUUAGUCAUACAUUCCAAAGAGCAAAAAGAAGAAUGGAAAAUCAAUUAAAUAAAAUUGGCUUUAGAAAAGGAAAUAAAAAAGAGAGCGCAGACGAAACCCCACGAAAUUACUUUAGUAGAAGAACAUCAACAGAAUUUGGAGAAGGCUCAAGAGAGUCAGAAUUUGUUGUAUUAAAAGAACGACGAUUAAUACCACAAUUUGCAGUUUUUGAAGGAAUGCAACGUUUUUCAUUUCUCUUGGAAAUUUGUCAACCAGGUGCAGUACCAGAUCAUCAUUUAAUUGCAGCAAUUUUAGAUUUACCAUAUGCACCAGUUGUUGCACGAGCAUCAUUACUGCUUGAAUGUGCUCAUCUAGUACAUCAAUGUAAUAAAGGACAUUGGCCAACUUGGAUGAAAAUUAAUUUCACAUCAUCUCGUCCAUCAAUGCCAAUGGGAAAUAGAAAUAUUCCAACUGGACUUAGACGUACACAUGUAUUACAACGAGCUGCUGGAAAACUUUUUUACCAGUGGGCUGAGGCAAUUGGUACACGCUUGGAACAAUUUAUUGCUGAAGACAAGCUAAAUGUUGAUCAAAUUGUUGCUAUGGUAUCUGAUGAGAGUAAACAAAGAGAUUUAAUAAUUGAAGAUGAAGAAGAAGACUUUCUCGAUGAAGCAAGUAUAAAUGGAUAUGGAUCUCAGUGUCCAGUGUCACUUCGUAUGGUAGCAUGUAUGCUUUUACUUGAGAUAACAGCAUUUCUUCGUGAGACAUACCAGAGUCUACCAAAAUCAAGUCGUCUUUCAGCCAAGGAACGUCCACCACCAUGGGAAAGAAUGUACAGUCGUGAGGCAAAUCGUCGCUGGAGUAUGGCAUUAUCAUCAAUGGGACAUUCACAAACUUCAGCUCAGAGUCUACAAUCAAUUGCUGGUGAUCGUGAGACUGGUGAGUUGAUGAAAGAAGCUAUCGAAAAAGGCAAUUGGGAUAAUGCAAAUCCUAUCACAAAUCAUCAACCAUCUGAUUCAAUUGCCCUCGACUUUCGUUCAGAACGAAAAAUCAGCUUUGUAUUGCACGAGCCUGAUAACGAGUCCGAAGGUAGCAGUAAGUCAACAGCAACAAUACAUGGAGAUGAUGUACAAACAAGUGAUCGUGAUAAAAAAAGAGGAGUUCAAACAACAUCAGGAAGACCAUUUUUAUUACGUAGAGGAACUACUGCUGGUGCAGCAACUGGCUCAUUCAAACGUAGAAGUUUAAAAUUACGUCGUGGUACUAAGGAAGGCAAAGACAUGGAAUGUGAGGCUUUUGUUCGAUCAAUAGAUGCAGUAAGACGUGCUGAUUCAAUUCAAUCAAAAAGAAAAGUCAGCUCAUUGUCAGAUAGAAGUGAUGGAUCAGAACCUGGUUAUUUUGGUGAAGUUAGUGGUGAAGAAUCACCUGGUAUAUUGAGUGAUGAUCAACCACCAGAAAGUCCAAGUGAUUCAAAUGAUACUGAUGAUUCAAAUAAAAAUUUUCCAUGGUUAAAAGUACUAGUACAAACAGCAAAUUCAUUUAAUUUUUAUUGCUCACAUCAAAAUUUUUGUCAUCCAUAUUGUCAUCGUCGACAAAUGCGAGCAUGUAGCAGAUUAAUUAAAUCUGUUAGAAAAGUUUAUGGUGAUGAAUUUGGUAUUAUUAAUGGAACUAGUACAUUUGAUUUUGAUUCGGAUUCUAAUAAAAAAGAAGAAAGAAAAAAAGAUAAACGUGGAAGAAAUCCAUCUGAUCAAACAAGUACUCAAGUAUCACCAAUAAGAAGAAAAGAUAGUCUUGGUCGAAAAUUUAAAAUUGACAAAAGUUUUGAAGGUUCACAAUCUGGACGUGUUACUGGUAAUCGAGAUUCUUCAAAAGAUCUUGCAGAUCAAGAUUCAGAACGAGGUCAAGAUUCAUUAAAAAAAAAUGGUGUUGAUAAUGACAAUGAAACAGAUAAAGAAACACCAGCUAUACUAAAAUAUAUAAAAACUCAAGUUAAAGAUAUUUUUCAUGCACCUUUAGCAACUCUUGUAAAAGGAGCAGUAGCAAUGUCUGAAGAUCUUUUUGUUGAUGUAUUACCAGUUGCAUGGGAACUAUUAUUAGAAUCAAAUCAAGAAGUUGUUGCAUCAUCAGUUGCAUUAUUUAUUGUAGCAGCAGUACGAGCACCAAAUCAAGCAAGUGAAAUAAUGCAUCAUAGUCUUCAACAUAGUAGUGCAGCUGUUAGAAUAAAUGCAAUAUUAAGAUUUCAAAUUUUAUGGAAAUUACGUUAUCAAGUAUGGCCAAGAAUGGAAGAAUCAGCACAUCUUACAUUUAAAGUACCACCACCAGGAAUUGAAUUUACAUUACCAUCACCAAAAAUUGGAAUUGAAUCAUUGCCUGUUGUUGAUCCUCCAUGGAUGCCACAAGUUAAAACAAAAGUUGAAGAAGUUACAAUUAAUCAAGAACGUCAUAGAUCACUUGUAACAGCAACAAAAACACGUAAAAAACAACAAACAGAAUUAAUUAAAAUGGCAUUACAAGCACAAGAUGAUAAAAAACGUGAAGAACGUGAAAAUUUUUUAAUUACAACAAUACCAAUAACUGUACAAGCUGCAUAUGAACCAAGUCCAGUUGGUGAUGAUCAUGAUGAAGGAAAUGUUGAUGAUGAAGGUGGUGAAACAGCACCGCGAAAUACUUCUCAUCAUAAUCAAUCAGCUCUUUCAUUAUUUCCAUCAUCUUUAUGUUCAGCAAUUGUACAAAUAAUUAAUCUUCUUGAUGAUGCUGCUGUUUCUGAUGAUGGUAAUGCUGUUUAUGAAGUUGCCUAUCAAGUUAUAUGGAGUUGUCUUGUUGAAGACAGUGCAUUAUUUCUUCGUUAUGUUCUUGAACGAUUAACACGUGAAAAACAAGAAUUAAUGUUUAAAAUUUUACGACAUUUAAUACGUUUUGUACCAAGAUUACCACAACAAGCAGCAUUUGCAUUGUAUAAUUAUAUUAUUGGAUAUGUCAUGUUUUAUGUACGAUCACCACAUGAAGAAGGUCAAAAAUUUAUUGGAACAGCUUUGUCAAUACUCUGGAUGGUUGUUCACUCGGUUCAUGGAAUAAUGUUUAAAGAUUUAAAACAAAUAUUAAGAAAAGAGCAGUGUGAUGCAUCAAUACUCUUGACUGCUAAUGUUCCUUCGGCGAAGAAAAUCAUCGUGCAUGGCCCUCAAGAUCCUGACGCUGGUGGAAUUCCUUCGCAGUUUCCUGUUCAGGAAGACACUCAGUUUUGUCAGAUUCUCAGGGAAUCCUUGGAUUUCUUCGGUAUCGAGGAACAAAAGCAUAAAGAGUAUUUUUUAGUUGACUAUAAAACACAUCAAAUUCAUAAUCCUUCCUCGUAUGUUCGAGAUUAUUACUUUUUUAAAAGAUCACAAUAUCCACAGCUUGAACUUGUUCAUAUGAAACCAGAAGAUGCCUUUAAUGCCUUGCAGAAACAAGAGUUAGUUCACAAAUUUGUUGAAAUUGGUAAAGUUUUGCUGACUUGGGCAAUUUUGAAAAAUGUCGAUAUGGUAGUUCAAAGAGUUGUUUUUUUACAUGAAGAACUUAUGAAGCUACCAUCUUUUCCAAGAAAAGCACUUGAAGCAGAUCUUGAUUUAUAUAAAGGUGGUGAAAUUGGAAGAGAAUUACUUGGACUUGAUGUGAUGCAUAAAUUUAUGUGGGUUAGAUUAAUUGCAAGAAUGUUUGAAGCAAUGGCUGGUAAUUUUGCCUAUUCAGGUGAUAUACAUUUAUUUUUAAAUGUAUUAAAUGGAGCACUUGUUCUUCACAGUGAAGAUUCAUGUAUUCUUCGUUAUGUUGUAGCAACAUAUAUUAAUGCUGCACAUAAUUUUAAAAAUAUAUUUUCAACAAAUGGAUAUCUUUUAAUAAUGCCAUCAUUAUUACAACUUUAUGCAACACAUCAAACAAAUAAACUUGUAACAACAACUGUUGAAUAUGCAGUAAAACAAUUUUACAUGAUGAAUCGUAAACCAUUUAUAUUACAAAUGUUUGGAAGUGUCUCAACCAUAUUGGAUACAGAUGAAUCAGCAACUCAUGGUGAUGCUCAUAAAGUACCAUCAACUUGUCUUUUCAAUCUGUUACUAAGUUUAGAAACACCAUCACCAGAUCCACUUAAUAUUGGUGAAUUGGUAAAAGAAGAAAAACCCCUCAAAGCCAUUGAUUUUUGUUAUCAUGAUGAAAGUGAAAUGGUCACUGUUCUUGACUGUAUAUCAUUGUGUGUCAUGGUCAUAGCAUAUGCCGCAGAUUCCAUUAGAGGACAGCAGAUGUUGAUUAUACUUGAGGCAAUUUUACCUUGUUAUAUUAAACAAAUUCAAUCACCAUCAUAUAAUAAAGAAGGUAAAACAGAAAAAGAAAUAAUUAAUCAAGUUGCAAUUGCUGUUAAGACAUUGGUUAAUAAUUCCGAAGCUUUGACAAAAUAUUAUAAUGGUCCACAAAAAUCAAGUCCUGAGCAUAAAGGAUCAAGUCAAAGAAAUUAUGGUAAAGGUCCAUAUUCACCUGGUUUUGAUUUUGAGGAUGAAACACAUACUGCAAAAUAUAUGGAACAUACAAAAGCAAGAAAUAUUUAUGAACGUGAUAAUGAAGAUUCUGAAAAUUCUCAUAAAACUGAAUUUCGAAGACCACGUGAUACAUUAUUAAAUAUGGUUGGUGAAUAUGUAGCAAAAUGUACAGUAAGAUUAGCUGAGCUUAAUAAAAAAUUACCAGAUGGUAAAACAAUUGAAUUAUUAGAUUCAAAGUGUCACAUAAGAUUGGCAGAAAUAGCACAUAGUUUACUUAAAGUAUCACCAUAUGAUCCUGAUACAAUGGCUUGUCGUGGAUUAAGAAGAUAUAUGAAUGAUAUAUUACCAUCAACUGAAUGGUCAAGUGAUGAUAUGAGACCAGCAUUGAUAACUCUUCUUCGUCGUCUUGAUAAAACAUUUAGUAAAAUUUAUAAAAAAGCAUCAAUACGUAGAAAUACUGAUUGGCAAGCAGCAAGUGAUUUAUUAAAAGGUGUUUAUGAAACAUUAUCACGUUAUCAAUAUAUUGCACAUUAUCAAUAUCUUAAAACAUUAAUAAGUACUUGUCAAGCAUUGAUUAUUGGUGAUAUGGCACUUGUUGAAGUAACAUCAGCAGCUUCAGUUGCUCUUAUGAGUAAAAUACCACCAGCACAUUUUUGUUCAUCUGUUUUACGAUUGAUUGCACUUUAUGUUAUAUCAUUAGGUGAUGGUUAUACAUUGGAAAAUAUUAGUGGUGGUAAUGCAAUGUUUGCUUCACAAACAAGAACAGAAAAUAUGUUACUUAAUUUAUUGAUACCAUUAUUUUUACGUGUUGGUACUGGACGUAAAGAUAUACCAAAAUUACGUCAAUCUGAUAUUAGUUUUGCAUUAAUGGCAGUUUUAAAUACUCUAUGGCCAACUGGAACAAAAACAGCUCCAAUAACUGUACAAAAUUUAAAAGCAACAACAGAUAUUAGAACAGGAAGUUUAACAUUUGCUGCAAGAGAUCAAAAAAUUUCAACAAAAAUAUCAUUGUCAUUGUAUCGUGUUGCAUUUCUUGCACUUAAAAUAAUGACAAUAUGUUUUGAAGUUGAAUUAAAAACUGAAUGGAUGAAAAUAUUAAGAACAAUGCGUUUAUUAAAUAAACGAAAUGAAGCAUCAAUUCAUUUAUGGAAUUUUCUUGAAUUUGUUGUAACACAUCGUACUGCAUUAUACAUACAAAUGUUACCAUUUAUUGUACAUAAAAUUGGUCAACCACCAAUAUCAGAACAUGAACGUAAUAUGCAAAGUCUUAUACGUGGAAAAAUAAAUGGUGAUAUUAUGGCAUUUCCAAAAUCAAGAGGUACAUUAAUUGGUAAUUUAUUACAUGAAUUACGUGAUUUAAAAGAAGAAAUUGAAGAUAGAAAAUUUGAUGAAUUACAACCAGAACCAAAAAGAAGUGUUGUUGAUAUGCAUGCAAAUGCACCAAAUGAUGGACAAUCAAGAACACAAAGACCAUCAUUAUUAAUUGAUUUAUUAACUGGUGAUUUGGGUUCACGUGCUCAUAUUAAUCGUACACCUGCUGAAACACCUGGAUCACAAUCAACUGCAAUUGGAUCAUUGCCACAUUCAAUACAUAAUUCAAUUCAUUCUAGUAGUACAACUAAAUCUUCAGCACAAAGUUUUGCAUCAGCGCCACCAAUACAAGGAGCUCGAGUUGAUCAGCGAGGUUCAGUAUCUAGUCACAGUGGUGGAUCAUCAACAAUAAAAGAAGCUGGUGAAAUUACACCAAAUGAUAGUCAAUCUAAUCAACAAAUAACAACAGACAGAUCCCAAUCAUCUUCUACUUGUGAUAAACGUAACAAUGAUACUCAUCAUCCUAUCGUUACAUUUCAAAAGACGCCUAAACUACGCUUUUUAUCUUCUGUAGAGUUUAGAAACUCAUCAGGAGAAAUAGUCAAGAGUCAACUAAGUCCGAACAGUCCAACCAAAGACAGCUCAAGCGAAUCAAAACCAGACAGGCCUCGUUUGCAGCGUUCGAUGGGACAAAGCAAGAGAACUUUUCGUUUACGAAAAAGUCGAAAGAGUCAUACUGAGGGAUCACAUUUGCAAGUGGAACAGCAAGAUUUAAUAACAAGUUCUCAAACACCACAAACGUCAGCAACUGAACCUUCUGACACAUCAUCAUUUUGUUCACGUCGUAGUUUUUCAAUUCGACCAAAUGAUACGGAAAAAAAUUUAAAAUUGAGCCCAGUGGACCAACAUCAUCUUCAUUAUCAGCAGCAUCAGUAUCUUCAUCCUCAAUCUGAUAUAUCAUGGGAUGAUGAUACAUCCAGCACAUCAGGAUAUCGUGAAUCAUUUAGUAUGCAACUUGUUUCAAUUGAGGAUAAUAAUAAAUCAUUAAAUGCACCACCAUUAGCAUCACCAGAUCUCAAUGAUAUACCAUCAAGUAGUAGCACAGCAACAAACUACAUGGGCUUUGAUGGAAGCUCACCAGAUUGUUCACUUAAUGGUAGUGGAGGUGAAAAAACAACCCUACUAGAUUCUAGUCAAAGAACAGCAUCACAACACAGUAUUAUGGUCUUCCAAGCACAAGAUGAAGACACACUUAUUUAG